AUGCUGCUCGAGACCCAUUCGACGUUUCCGUCAGAAUUCAGCACUGGAGAGAGAUUGGAAUUGCUUGAAAUAUGCCACAAAAGCAAAUUGUGGCGGCACAGAGAAAUCGACAUCCUCAUGCUAGAGUUGUGGAAGAACAUUGGAAAGCUCAAACAAAGCGAUAUAUCGCUAUACCAUAAAAUAUGCAAAGAAAUAAGCGAUAACACGUGGUCACCAAACCCAGAUGAGGCAGGAAGAAACCAGCUAGCAAAAUACGAAUCGCAAUUCCUAUGGGACCUGACUGUGCUGCACAACCACACGCUCAGCCCUACCCUAGAGCAGUAUCGCAAAAAGCAGGAAUUAAUCAAAGCGCUGAAAAAAACGCUAGAACAUGCAGCCAAUGGCACGCUCCAUACUUUCGGAUCCUGCGAAAACGGGCUGUGGGUGCGCGGUAGCGACGUUGAUAUGUGUCUUGAAAUUCCAAACUGUGGCCACAAGAGGCAGUGGCUAUCCAAGCUUAACUUGAUACGCUCUACUCUGUCUGAUAACGACAUCAUAUCUAACAUAAGCAUCAUAUCGGCCAAGGUACCAAUUGCGAAGCUGUACAACCGACAAAACCACAACUUCUGCGAUAUAUCGAUCAACAACACGGUUGCACUCGAUAAUACGCAGUUCGUCAAGGCAAUGACGAAAAUCGAUUUCCGCGUGGUUAAAUUAGCGAGAUUCAUCAAGUACUGGGCGACGUGCAGGUGUAUUAACAACAGGGCACAAGGCACACUCAGCUCCUACACUCUCAUACUGCAACUAUUUUUCUUCCUACAGAACAGAUCGCCGCCGAUACUGCCUCUGUAUAAAGACAUAGAAAUCGUCGUUGACGAUCAGGAGCAGCGUGGGAGGUUCAUGACCGACACCAGGGAUAUUUUGGCGAAGUGCGAGUACCUGCAACAAAACACGGAAUCGAUAACGCAGCUGAUAUUCGACUUCUUCAAGUUCUACAGCGAUAAAAAAUUUCAGGGUGGAAGAGUCGGGGCGACUAUAGACCUCUACACCAAUGAGAUGACAGAGAACAACCUUGGGGUGUUGGUCAUGAAAUGCCCAAUAACGGGGAAAAAUGUGAAUCCUUUCACGAUUCGCAUGUGGCAAAGCAUAUACGGCGAAUUCAAGAGGGUGGAUGAGUGCAUCAAGGAUCAACGGCCCAUCGCGCAGAUUUGUAUAAAGUCCGACAAACCGCCACUGGAGACGGAGGCGGAAACGCAACGCAUUCACGCAUCUAUGAUCAGGGACAUAGUUAUGGCCGUGGCCGCUCCCAGAUCAAAGCCUCUAAGGGCACUGAGGAGGACCUUAUCGUAA